AUGCACGGAGACCUCCCCGGGACCCCGCUCUCGACCAGUGUCCGCUCUCCGAUAUUGCUGUCAAUAGCUCAAGCGGUCAUGGACGGAGAUCCCUCGGCGCACACUCCGCCCGACGCCUUCGCGCUCGAUCUCGCCCUAGGAGCAUCCGCACGCGAUACCUCGCCGUCUUGGACCAGCCAAUCACGAUCACGGUCCUUCGACACAGCAAUCCUAGUCAGCUCCUCCAAGUCCAAUGGCAUCCCUGUUCCUGCGGCUGGCGAGGAUGUGUGUGGGGGCUAG